UCGAUAGGGACACGGUGUGUGACUGCUAGCAAGUAUAACGACUGCAUGGUACAAGGACCGGGUGUGUUAUGGACAGAUUUUCUUUCUACCAUUGUUCAUGGUCCUUUCAGAGCUGACCCUACUAUUUCUCCUCACUAGUCCUGAACGCCGCGCCGCUCAUUGUUUGCUUUGAAAGGAUUCGAUCUGCAAUUGACAACCAAUCCGAUUCCCUGUGAAGCCUGCUUUCGAUUGCUUCGAUCAGUGACGCAUGACAGGUCGCUGCUUUUGCGUCUUUGGAACCUUGCGGUUUGUGAAAAUGCUUCAGACAUUUGGUGGAGUUUACACGCGAUAUACUUGACAAGAUACAGAUGUUAACAAUGGGAAGUUUUGCUGUAACAAGUUCUCGACUACCGUCAGUCUUCAAAGAUGCGGUCCUCCUCCUACUAUUACACAUACAGUGUACAUCAUCGACAAAUUGUGGGGGGUUCCAUUCAAUACACGGGGCAGCUUUGGGCGAGAUCACGAGCCCAAACUAUCCCAACGCCUAUCCCAACUUUACCCGCUGUAUCUGGACAUUUGAAGCCACGGCGGAGUACCAGGUACUACUGACCAUCAACUUCCAGGGUCAGCAGGAAGGGAAUGUCUGCCAUGACUACAUCAAGAUCCGUGAUGGCAGCGCCAAGUCUGACGUUCUGUUCACUUCCUGUGGUAGUCUGACGUCACAUAACGUGACGUCAACCGCCCGAUGGCUGCGGAUCCUGUUUUCCAGCGACGGGAGCGUUGGAGCUCAAGGACUCAAAGCCACGUAUUCACAGAUAUAUGCAGGUCCCGUCAUAAACAACAUAUCAUCACCGAUACCUGUUUGUCGGAGUCAUGAGUACCUCUGUUCAAAUAAAGAAUGCAUUAGCAUGUCCUAUCGGUGUGAUGGGUAUUUCGACUGCGGCUGUGCUGACGGAGGUUGUGACGAGGAUGGAUGCGGAGGCAUAUCAAUGAGUUAUCUUGCUCGGAUCGCAAUGGGGAUAGGCAUUGGGAUUGGCAUGUUCGUGUCGGUGUGCAUGCUCGCCUUAUUCAUUGAGAGAAGACACAAUUGGGCAAAGUUGAAACGGGAAAAAAAUGAAAAAAAUAAGAACAAGCGCAAGAAGUAGUAAUACUGGCGGCGAGUUGGAACAUAUGGCAUCAAUGCAAUCUUAGUCUUGGUUGAAAAACUGUUGAGUGAAUAUGGUUUUACGCCGCUUUUAGUAAUAUUCCAGCAAUAUCACGGCGGGAGACACCAGAAAUGGGCUUCACGCUUUGUUCCCAUGUCGAGGAUCGAACCCGGGUCUUCAUCAUGAUGAACAAACGCUUUAACCACUAGCUUACAUACUGCUCUGUUGAAAAUCUGGUACUUGUACGGGAAAGAUUGUCUAUGAAUGAAUGUGAUUUUAACUGAUAAUUAAGAAUAUAUUGGGAUUCACGUGACUGAUAGGCAGAACGAGUCCUAGACCAAUGAAGAUUCGGAUUCGAAUUGGUGUUCAACCCAUGCUUGUCGCAAGAGGCGAGUAACGGGAUCGAGAGGUCAGGCUCGCUGACUUGGUUGACACAUGUCAUCGUAUCCCAAUUGCGUAGAACGAUGCUCAUGCUGUUGAUCACUGGAUUGUCCGGUCCAGACUGGAUUAUUUACAGACCGCCGCCACAAAGCUGGAAUAUUGCUGAGUGUGGCGGUAAACAACAACAAACAAACAAACAAACAAACAAAGGCACAUUGAAUCCUGGCUUUUGAUAUAAACCAACCUAAGAGACAACACGACGACAAUUCGAGCACACGUACGUACCAUGCGGUUGAUAACAUCAGCUGUGGUGAAAAUUGAUCAUGAACAGCUGCGUAUGUGUCAAGAUCACAUGAUGAAAACACGCACCCAUGAUCUCCACCUGCAACGAAUCACAUUCAAUAGCGGCCACCCUCAGAAUAAAAAUGGACUCUUCCGUUGCACACGGAACGCUCGCAGUCACCAAAAUGCGGUUUUCACAUGUUUUGAAUUUUCAUGUCUUGAAUGCCAAAAGGGGAUGACAGGCAUGCAUUGCUGCAAAGGAUGUGGUAAAAUGAAUAAUUCUAAGCAAAGACCAAUUUCUACCGUCCCUGUACGUUACUUUAUCGUGGAUUUUGUGUAAAUAGAUUCCUCUGCUAAUAAAGUUGAAAAUAAAUAUAUCAUAUUAGAGUUCUGCACACGAAUUUUCAGCACAUGAUUUUACAUACGUAGAGACAUUCUGCUCCCUAGACAUUGUCCUGUUCCUUGAUCAAACAUUUUCACCAUGUCACACUUGGUCAUGUGUCUUCUGCUGUCCGACCUAUGUAGGUUAUUUUAUAUUCAUUUGUAAAUAAAGCAUCACAUUGAACGUU